UCAAUAUCUCCAUCAUCAUCAUCAUCAUCAUCAUCAUCAUCAUCAUCAUCAUCAUCAUCAUCAUCAUCAUCAUCAUCAUCAUCAUCAUCAUCAUCAUCAUCAUCAUCAUCAUCAUCAUCAUCAUCAUCAUCAUCAUCAUCAUCAUCAUCAUCAUCAUCAUCAUCAUCAUCAUCAUCAUCAUCAUCAUCAUCAUCAUCAUCAUCAUCAUCAUCAUCAUCAUCAUCAUCAUCAUCAUCAUCAUCAUCAUCAUCAUCAUCAUCAUCAUCAUCAUCAUCAUCAUCAUCAUCAUCAUCAUCAUCAUCAUCAUCAUCAUCAUCAUCAUCAUCAUCAUCAUCAUCAUCAUCAUCAUCAUCAUCAUCAUCAUCAUCAUCAUCAUCAUCAUCAUCAUCAUCAUCAUCAUCAUCAUCAUCAUCAUCAUCAUCAUCAUCAUCAUCAUCAUCAUCAUCAUCAUCAUCAUCAUCAUCAUCAUCAUCAUCAUCAUCAUCAUCAUCAUCAUCAUCAUCAUCAUCAUCAUCAUCAUCAUCAUCAUCAUCAUCAUCAUCAUCAUCAUCAUCAUCAUCAUCAUCAUCAUCAUCAUCAUCAUCAUCAUCAUCAUCAUCAUCAUCAUCAUCAUCAUCAUCACAUCAUCAUCAUCAUCAUCAUCAUCAUCAUCAUCAUCAUCAUCAUCAUCAUCAUCAUCAUCAUCAUCAUCAUCAUCAUCAUCAUCAUCAUCAUCAUCAUCAUCAUCAUCAUCAUCAUCAUCAUCAUCAUCAUCAUCAUCAUCAUCAUCAUCAUCAUCAUCAUCAUCAUCAUCAUCAUCAUCAUCAUCAUCAUCAUCAUCAUCAUCAUCAUCAUCAUCAUCAUCAUCAUCAUCAUCAUCAUCAUCAUCAUCAUCAUCAUCAUCAUCAUCAUCAUCAUCAUCAUCAUCAUCAUCAUCAUCACCAUCAAAAUACCGUUAGAUUCACCUCUAAAUUGUAG